AUGGAAUCAAAUGAGAGAAUAAUUGACAUUACAGAACCUUCAAAAAGAUUAUUAACAGGGAAAGUCGCGGUGAUAACUGGUGGCGCGAGGGGGAUUGGAGCAGCAACGGCUAAAGCCUUUGCUGAAAACGGGGCGAAUGUUGUGAUUGCUGACAUACUAGAUGAGGCAGGAGCACAGCUAGCUGCUGCAAUCGGAGGGCAGUACGUGCACUGUGAUGUCUCCUUGGAGCGAGACGUGGAGCAAGCAAUCCAGGCGGCCGUGGGCUGGAAGGGGCGGCUGGACAUAAUGUUCAACAAUGCUGGUAUAUCUGGCCCUGAAGGGAGCAUCACCAGCCUUAAAAUGGAACAGUUGUCUGCCCUUCUCGCGAUAAAUCUCAAUGGAGUGGUGCACGGGAUCAAGCACGCUGCACGGGCCAUGAUCGAGGGGAGAAUUGCAGGGACGAUCAUAUGCUCGUCGAGUUCAGCAGCCAUGAUGGGAGGCCUAGCACCACAUGCCUACACCUUGUCCAAAGCUGCAAUUCUUGGAGUGGCAAGGAGUAGUGCCUGUGAGUUGGGGAUGCACGGGAUUCGAGUGAACUGCGUGUCGCCACAUGGAGUGCCCUCGGAGAUGCUCAUGUCCUCCUUCCGGAGAUUCCUCGGGGAUCAGAAUCUGCAGCCUCGAGAUGUUAGCAAGAUCGUUGGGGAGACGGGGAGUCUGUUGAGGGGCAGGGGAGGGAGCGUGGAGGAUGUGGCCGAAGCAGUGGUGUUUCUAGCAAGCGACAAUGCAGGAUUUAUAACAGGACACAACCUAGUUAUAGAUGGAGGUUUCACAUAUGGUAGCAGUCAAAUGAGUUUCAUAUACCAAACCAAGGGUGAUAUAAGCAUAGAACCACAUGACCUGAAAACAUGAUCAGUAGUAGUAUAUGAUUUUGUAUCAAACACAUACAAUGCUCAGAGUGCCAAUGUUGAUGCUGCAAAACAAGUAAAGGAAUUACAUUUAAAAUUACUAACUCGAUGAAAGCCAGAGGCUCGAUGUUGUGUACACUAUCAAGGUUUCACCAUUGUCGAGUUUAAUAAAAUCGUUUCCUUGUGUAGAAGGUCAGAGCGAGGUUGUGUACUUGUGUUGUAGUCCUGGUAUUUCAUAGAGAUUGUGGUUAUAUUUGUUCUAGUCGUGGUAUUUCGUGUGUUCUUCUACAUAUGAAGAACACACCAUUAUACUACUGGAAUUGGGCAUUGUUGAUGGAGCAGGGUUGGGAU